CAUUUGUUUUAAUACAAAACGUCUUUUCAUGUAUUUUCAGCCGGAACUUUAUCUCUGUACGCCUGUAAAAGUCGACUAUACUACCAGCUAUUUUAUAGUUGGUUAUGAACCAAAUGCAACAAUGAAUACGGCACAUCAUAUGUUAGUGUAUGGUUGCGGUGAACCUGGGUCUACCAAACCUGUUUGGAAUUGUGGAGAGAUGUCCAAAGAGUAUUCUGCUGAUUCGGCCAGUCCAUGCGGUGUUCAUUCACAUUCACAGAUCUUAUAUGCAUGGGCGAGAGAUGCGCCAAAAUUGGAUUUGCCCAAUGGUGUUGGAUUUAAGGUUGGUCUAAAUACUCCAAUCAAAUAUAUUGUUCUUCAGGUUCACUAUGCUCACAUUAACAAAUUUAAAGGUAAGAUAUUCAAAAAUCAUUUACUAGCUUAAGCUUCAGAGUAUUGGUAACGACAAAUCAUAAUACGGCUGUCUAGGAAUAAUACAGAAACGAUGUGAAAUAUCAGGGGGAUGUUUGUAUAUGUAUUUAAAUAGAGUUUGCAUGAGAGAGGGCAUGUACACACGAAUAAUUUUGUCGCCUGAAGCCGUAGUACGUAAAAGGGGUCGACGAGAAAAAACGUAACCGAGUAGCCCGUGUUCAGGCAAUACUCUGAGUGCUUUUAUUUGUAACAGUUCGCUGCUACAAUUCCGCUUUCCUAUUAAUUUUGAAGCGCGAUUGCGCGCGGACAAAAUUCUAAGUUAAGAAUUAAACAGGGUUUUUAGUAGGGUUGUGUCCUCUCCCCGCAACAGUUUAACUUCUAUAUUUCCAAACUCCCUCAACCAUCAGAGGACGUUACAGUUGACAGCCUGUGGUGCUCUUUUACUCUGCAUACGACUUUGGUUAAAGUACAGAGCUGCAACAAACGCAGUCAAAGAAGCUUCAGACGUGUCAUAACACUGCACUUCGCACGAGAAAACGAUGUCACCUGAUCUCCAGUCGAACAACUACAUGGUGAGGCUUACGUGCUUCCCCUUAAGGAGCAUGACUAACAAUCUUUUAGCAUGCCCAACGAAUCCCACUCAUCUAAAACCCCUCUCGCGAUGGUCCGACCCCGUUAAAACAGCACGUUUUCUGGGCCUACCGUUAGAUGACAACCAACUUGAACCUUACCAACCAAGCGAAGAUUAACCGCUACAACAACAACCAGAAAAACUCGUAAGAGCUUAUAAACCAAGUAUUCAAAGUAAUUU